CCGGAAUCGAUAGGUAAUCGAUAAUAGCCCCAUUAGGAUAAGGUUAUCUUUGAACCUUUUACUUUACCAUCCCACUUCACCGAUUUUCCACCAGCCCACGUCUUGCCGGUCUACCGUCCGUACCUACCAUACUUCACCAACCACCCAACUAGUCGGCUAACAUAUCUGAAUCCAAACUUUGAGAAAGCAUCUAAAUAGCUGAUAUUCGGUCAUGUCUGCCGACGACCAACAGUUCCUGGACUUGCUCUCGUCCAUCCCCAACCAGAUCCGACGAUACUCUGGGGAUGUUGCUGAAUAUAUCGACAAGACUGUAGACAAAGUUGCGGACGAAAUAAGGGAUACGCUAUCGACAGCUUCCUGGGUGCCCGAUUAUGCGCGACCAUCACUUCCGAGCCGCCCACCUCCGGUCGAGGUUGUGCCGGUCACUGCGUACGAGCGAUUCCAGGAUUGGAUUUCCCGCCACAAACUCCUUACUACUGUAUUAGUGGUAGCUGCUGGAUAUGCGACAUAUAAAACGGUCCGAAUCACCAAAGGAAUGCACAAGCACCGCCGAGCAAAGAGAGCUCGAAAUGGUGGAAGACUAGAGGUUGUGGUUAUUGCCGGAUCACCAACCCUACCACUAACCAAGUCGUUGUCGUUGGAUUUGGAGAGACGAGGAUUUAUUGUGUACAUUGUCUGCAAUACGGCCGAAGACGAAGUAGCUGUGCAGAACCUCUCGCGACCGGACAUUAGACCGUUGGGCAUCGAUAUAACUGAUCCUCCAAAUGCUGGCCAGUCUAUCGAGAAAUUUGCAGCCUAUCUACAAGCCUCACAUGCCGCAGUCCCACGAGCGAGACCGAACUUCCUAGUUCUGAAAGCGGUUAUUCUGAUCCCCUCACUCAACUACCAGACCUCGCCUAUCGCCACGAUCCCUCCCUCGAGCUUUGCCGAUCUAUUCAACACCCAUCUCCUACAUCCCAUACUUACCAUUCAGUCCUUCCUACCACUGCUCACUAGCAGAAUAACACCUACCGGCGAGAAGUCCGCGACGCCUAAAGUGCUCGUCUUCACACCAUCUAUCAUCUCCUCGAUCAAUCCACCGUUCCAUGCUCCCGAGGCUACGGUGUGCUCUGCUUUGUCCGCUUUCACAGAAGUGUUAACGGCCGAACUACGCCCUCUUGCCAUUCCCGUGACACACGUCCAGCUUGGUACCUUCGACUUCCAGGGCUUCACACCAGUCCGUACUAACGGAGCUGCGGGUGUGCCUGGCCUACUCCCGCCUGCGGAGCCGUUGCAAUGGCCCGAGAGCGCAAGACAUGCCUAUGGCCGUAACUAUGUGACCCAGUCCGCUUCAGCCAUCUCGGCAGGUCGUAUCAGAGGGCUACGCGGUAGUUCUCUGAGGGAGCUACACAAUGCCGUAUUUGAUGUGAUCGACGGAUCUGAACUCAGCGACGUGGUACGUGUUGGUUUGGGUGCAGGUCUAUAUGGCUUUGUGGGGCGAUGGGCUCCGAGAGGCUUGGUUGCGUGGAUGAUGGGGAUAAGGAAGGUCGACGAACUGAGCUCGUGGGAGGCUGGCGAAAUUCUCAAGAGUGAUGCUAGCGGAAGUGACAGCAAAAGUGAGAAGAGUGGAAGUGGCAGCAGCGAAAAUGGCGAGGCUAGCGCAAGCGAAUUUAUCGCUGUAGCUAGGGAUGACGACGGACACAAUGUCUGGAAACUGGGUUGAACUGAACUGGCUUGUCUCUCAAGGAUUAGGGAUGAGGUUAUGAUCCACCUCCGGGGAUGGACGGCGUUAUUAUGAUGGUCUGAUCUGGGUUGACUAAUGGGUUACGAGACCUGUAUAUAUGAUUUGAUGACUUGAACCGAUUCCUUUCCCUACCUGAACAAAUUUGUAUGAAAAUUCGACAUCUCGCUACCCUCAAGGAUGGGUGCAGGAUAGUAAGGCCACAUGAAUAGAAUAUUUGCACAUUUA